AUGUAUUCUCGUAAUUAUAAUCAACAACAUAAUCAAUAUCCAUAUCCUAAUAAUUUUCCAAGUGAUGAGAAUAUAAAUGAUUUUCAAUUUAAUGACAAUAACAACUAUAAUAAUGUACAAUCAAAACCAAUAUCUCAAUCAUCAAUACCAUUAUUAAAUUUAUCAGAAAAUUCAUCAAGAUCAUUACCUUCUUUACCAAGAUAUACAACUAAUCAAAUUGAUGAUAAUGAUUAUGAUCCUUAUCAAUACUAUCCACAAUACAACAACACAAAUAAUGAUAAUAAAUAUGAUCCUUCACAGAACCAUGACUUAAAUAGAGAUUUACCUUCACUACCUAUAUCAUCACCACAGCCACCAAAUGAUGAAAAUUAUAGAAAUCCAUUUGUUGAUGAACCAAUAUCAAUACCCUCAAGACCCAAUAAUCCUUUCAAAGAUAAUGAACUAGAGAAAAAACUAAAAAAGAAUGAAAAAAAUCGAAUACUUACAUUAAAAAGUAAACCAAGAUUUCAUUAUACAAAAUUACCAUAUUUUACUAUAUUAGUUACAUUAAUACAAGUUAUUAUAUUUAUUGUUGAAUUAGCAAGAAUGUCAAUAUUAACAGGUUCUGCUUUCCAAACUCAACCAUAUUUUAAUCCAAUGUUAGGUCCAUCUAAUUUUUUAUUAAUUAAUAUGGGUUCACGUUAUAUUGCAUGUAUGAGACAAAUUAAAGAUUUAACUGAUGAUACAACUAUAUUAUUUCCAUGUCCAAAUUCGACUUCAAUAGAUACUUAUCAAUGUUCAUUAAAUGAAUUAUGUGGUUUAUCAGGUUUAUCAACUUUUGAUAAUGGAACAAAAUUUAAUCCUAAUCAAUGGUAUAGAAUUUUUAUACCAAUUUUUUUGCAUGCAGGCUUUUUACAUAUAAUUUUUAAUUUAUUAUUACAAUUAACAAUGGGAGCAUCAAUUGAAAGAAAUAUUGGAAUUUUAAAAUAUUCAAUUAUUUAUAUAGCAAGUGGUAUAUCUGGAUUUUUAUUGGGAGCAAAUUUUACACCAGCAGGUAUUGCAUCAACUGGUGCAUCAGGUUCAUUAUUUGGAAUUGUUGCAAUAAAUAUUAUAUUAUUUAUAUAUACUGGUAAAAAAAAUGCAAAUAUGUAUGGUACAAAACAUUAUAAAUUAUUUAUAUUUUUUAUGUUUAUUGAGAUUAUAAUAUCAUUUGUUUUGGGAUUAUUACCUGGAUUAGAUAAUUUUAGUCAUAUUGGAGGAUUUGCAAUGGGAAUAUUAACAGGUAUAUUACUUUUAAAAGAUCCAUUUUGGAUUUAUAAAGAUGGGAUAAUAAUUUAUAAAAGAAAUCAAUCAACUUUACAACAAUUUUUAAAUAAUUGGAAUCCAAUGUAUGCAUAUGAAGAUAAAAUUCAAUUAAAUUUUUUAAUUUGGUGUUUUGUUAGGUUGGUUUCAUUAGUUUUAAUAAUUGUUUAUUUUGUUUUACUUUGCAAAAAUUUUUUUAACAAUAAUACUGAUCUGAAUAAUAGUUGUGAAUGGUGUAAAUAUUUUAAUUGUAUACCAGUUAAAGGUUGGUGUGAUAUUGGUGAAAUUUCAAUAACAACUUCACAAAGUCCCGCAGCUACAACAGCUCCAAGUUCAUCAAUCACUGUACCUACAGAAAUUUAUUCAACUGCAACUUAUACAACAACUGCCAAUCCAACUGGUAGUGGAACAAAUGGAGGAUUUUUAAAAAGAGAAAUACCUCAACACAAGGCAAUUUAUGAAAACAAUUUUGGGAUUGGGUUUGCAUUUUACAUGAUUUUAACGAUUUUAAUGAUAUCAUUUAUGAAAAGGAAAAAAAUUAUAUAA